GUAAAGGAUGGUCUAAUCAAUGUUGACGGCGGUCGUUAGGUUCACUUUAAUUUCAAAGCCCAACGUUGAGUGGUUUUAGAGAGAAAACGUAACUCUUUCGUAGGUAGUCCUAUAUAGAUACUUACGUAGCGAAAACAAGUUUAUUAAACGUAUUUUCCGAACAACAAAGUCAAGCCACAUUAUGUUUAAGCCACUGUUUACCUGACAUAAAGUAAUCACGUUGUAAAUUGGCCUUUCCCGCUAUCUUACCAAUACAAAAACAGCAGUCAGUAACUGAAAUAGCAAUUAAAGGACACAGCAAGUUGGCACGUCUUAUCUGCGCCUUGAGGUCAGGGGGUGGGCAUCUCAUUAUAAUAAUUAUCGUGUGGAUAGCGGACCCGCGAUGAAGCAGGCUGCCGGCGAGCGAGUGACUCAUCCCCGUGAUCGUGAUACCGCUCACGUUCGUCGCCACUCGCCACAUCACUAGUAAUCACUACCUACCUUACUGCUUCUCGCACAGACAUGUUACAUGCAUAAAAUAGACUCUUCGGUGGACCUGUUCUCCGUGUUAUAUAACUAACAGAUUCUACGUGAAGUUUAAGAUUCUGCCCGUUAACUUCCAACAAAGCAAACCAGCGAUCAUUGCAGAUUACAAAAAAUCCUGAGAAUUGUUGAAAACUUAAUUAAAUUUAAUGUCAUGAUUUUCAUAUAAGCAUUUAAUUAAAAGAUAAGAAAAUCAACGAAAGGUAUACAUUGAGCAACUUCUUUUAUAAGAAAUAUGUAUGUAAGAUUGACUUUGUGGUUAUUUUUCAUUGUUUUUAGUGCUGAUGCACAGGACUAUGGACAUAUUCCGCCGUUAAGUUAUCGCCUGAACCCCGCACCAGAUGGCCACAGGUGCGGUGUAUGUCCCACGUAUUUCCAAAAGAUCUGCGCGUUCGACCCGAAAUCCAACUCGACGUAUAUAUUCGACAAUCACUGCGUAAUGGACUUGUACAACUGCAUGGAAUCCAGUGCUUUUUUCCCAAUGAAAUACGAAAAAUGUUUGUACUUCGGUAACUUCGCUUACGUUCACGGAUACAAACACGAAGAUAUGGACUACGGCGAGGAUCAUCUUACAGUGUUACACUCAAAAAAGAACCCAGAUUUUGUAUAAUAAUUAUAAUUUUAUUUCA